UAAAUUGCCAAUUUUAAAUCAAAGUCGUUCGAUCUUGAUCAAACGGUGUAACAACGCAUGAAUGUGAGGUUUUUUAACUGCAGUGGAUUUGGGUCCCGGCAAAUCCGUGUAGAUGUGAAAGAGUAUCAGAUUCUAGAUGUUCCACAUGCUGCACUGAUCAUAAUGAGUCAACCAGUCAAACCCCAAACUGCAAGCUUAGUUCCAUCUUAAUCCCAAAAGUAGCUUCCUACUGGUAUUAAAUUUACUAGAUUGAAACUGGUGCAUUAUGUGUGUACCAAGUCGUCACUUUUCCGUACCCUUUUAUUUCUAUUUUAUUUUGUGGACUAUGCUUAUUCUUAUCCGACUCUAUUACUAUAUAACUCCUCCACAUGCCUCCAAUAAGUGAAACCACCCAUUUACAAAGCCAAAUCCAACACGUUUCUUCUUCUCCUUCUUUCAUAUUUCCCCUAUAUAUCAUACUACUGUUGCUUCUUCCUUUCAUAAAAUUAAAGCACUAUUAAAUUUUAAUUCCACAUAUGGAUACCAAGGUUAAGAAAAAUGAGUCUACAAACCUCAAUGAAUUAAGAAAGGGCCCAUGGACGUUAGAAGAGGACACCAUUCUGGUUAAUUACAUUACAACCCAUGGUGAAGGUCACUGGAACACUGCAGCUUCUUCUGCAGGUUUAAAGAGAAGUGGGAAAAGUUGCAGAUUAAGGUGGCUAAAUUACUUGCGUCCCGAUGUUCGACGUGGAAAUAUCACACUCCAAGAACAGAUUCUUAUUCUUGAACUCCAUUCUCGCUGGGGCAAUAGGUGGUCGAAAAUUGCGCAGCAUCUUCCGGGAAGAACAGACAAUGAAAUAAAGAACUAUUGGAGAACUAGAGUGAUCAAGCAAGCGAAGCAGCUAAAGUGCGAUGUCAAUAGUAAACAGUUCAGAGAUGUCUUGCGUUACGUGUGGAUGCCCCGUUUGCUUGAACAGGUUCAAACGGCAUCCGCGUCUGGAUUUCACGACCCGAAUAAACCCGACUUCGUUCUUCAUCACAACACAUCGCACAGUUCAGUUUCAGGAACAGAGUGGCCAAAAACAAACUCCUCAAGUGUUACCUCGGAAUCUUCAUCACUGGAAUUCCAAGCUCCUUCGAUUUCAGACCAUGAAGUGCUGCCAAGUUUCAAUAACCAGGUUCCAGAACAAGGGAAUAGUAGUGGUGGUGGUGAUGAUGGUGAUGAUGAUGACUCGUUGGAGACUUUUUUGAACGAUGAGAGCAUGUGGUUUUUGCAACAACUUUCUGAAGAUUUUGAAAUAAAAUACAAUUUACUUGCGUGACGCUUUGUAGAAUUAAUUUGUGUUAUAGUAGUGUGAAAACGUGGAAGGAAUUGGUAUACGGCACUGAGUAGAUCAAUAGGUAGAUUGUCGCAUUAGGGGAUGAAUUUGAAUUUUCCUAGACGUGUUUCUACAAAUACAUUAAAAUUGAACGCACUAAAGUGUGUUUUUCCUUGUGCAAUAAUGGUAGGUUGAUUUUUGAGUAGCUUUAUUUGUAUUUUUCUUUACUUUGACAUUAGUUAAAUGUAGUGCUCUUUUACGUGUGA